AUGCAUGUGGCGUCGGCGAGCCUGGCUCCCGAAUGCGCACAUCCUCUUCUAUACGCUUCGUUCAUACCUAUGGACACCACUGGCGAGGUGACGCGCAUCGACCUGCAUAAGCCUCAAAGGUCGUACAGCGUCGGACGCAACCCCAACAGCGAUAUCUUCUUCAAGUCUCGCAACUUCGAUUGGUCCGUCUGCAAGGUGGAAUGGGACGGACGAGACGAAGUGCGCGUUGUGGAUAAGGGCUCGGUCAAUGGAGUCUGGGUUAACCGAAAGAGGAUUGCGCCUCACGGCUUUAGCGUCCUUCACCAUGGCGAUAUAGUGUUCUUUUCUCUGUGCAAGUUAGAGGGUGGAUGGCGUGGCCGGACCCCUCCUUCGCUUCGCUAUCAGUCUGGGGACAACUACGCGUAUACAUUCCACCAGUACACGGACCGUUUGCCCCCUCUGGUAGAUGCUGAUCAGGCAGCACGCGCUCGCUUAGACGAAUUGGAGCGAACUUGUCGGCGCAUUGAUGAGGAACUCGAGAAGUUGAGACAGGAGAGAGAGUCCGUCGUGUCUGAACGGCAGUCCAUACUCGAUGGCUUUCCUCAACCGCCACCAAACGCGCGCGAUGAACGUGCAGGCGAAUUACGACGGACAUGGGAUAAGUAG